CCCGUGCAUGCAUAUGAGGUUUGCGUGAACACACACGAAGUACGUCUUCUCAACAUUAAAAACAAGUUAAACAUUCUUCGCCUUCCCCUUCUUUCCACGACCCCUGCUGUGCCGCCUCCUCCUCCCCCCCAAGAUAGAUAGCCAGAUGUUAAUGAAUUCAAGAACCAGCGUAGAGUCUGUUGUUUCCUGUAAAUCGGGAAACAAGAACGACUUCUUCUUCUGGAUUUCCGUCUGUAUACUGUCAACGUUCUUCAAGACUCCAACUGCGAACCUGAACUGUCAAAGGGCUCCUGCAGCAGUACACCAGUUGGAGCCCCAUUUAAAGAGUUUCAUCCAUAAGCAGCGAUCCACAUUUGACUACCUGCAUCAGUCAUUUGGUAAUUGGGCAGUAUGGUUUCCUCACGGUUACCUAUCCUUACCAAAGCCCAGACGUCCUUCCAAAACUACCUAAUUUUUCCAUUAACCAUUCCUGACGCUGUUCCCUCCGAUAACGAUGACUUUGACUUUUGUGAUAUAUUUGGCCCUUUACCAGCUCAGGCCUCAACUGAAGUUAGUCAUGUGGAUUUUGAGAAUUUACUGCCUAAAACAGAGGUGCCCGAGCUUAUCUAUGAUGACCCAGUGGUCAUUCACAACCGGUCACAUUCUUUGGUUGGUCCCACCACUUGUGUCAGUCAAUCUAUGAAACUGAGCAAGCUCACCAUACAUAAGACAGAGGAUCCAGUGGAACUUGUGGAGAGUGUCAGGCACGAGACCAUGAAAGUUGUUCAUGAACUUUUGGUUGAUAAUCCUAUUGCCAAGGGGUCUCUUGAAUGUGCUGAUGAUAAUUCUGUUAAGGCCCAGAAUGUGGGACUUGAAGAUUUUGAGGUCCUGAAGCUUGUUGGUCAGGGUGCAUUUGGAAAAGUCUUUCAGGUGCGAAAGAGGGGCACGGCAGAAAUAUAUGCAAUGAAGGUAAUGCGCAAGGAUAAGAUAUUGGAGAAGAAUCAUGCUGAAUAUAUGAAAGCAGAGAGGGAUAUUUUGGCCAAGAUACAGCAUCCAUUUAUCGUCCAGCUAAGAUACUCAUUCCAGACGAAAUAUCGACUUUAUCUUGUGCUGGACUUUCUGAACGGGGGACACCUAUUUUUUCAGCUCUACCACCAGGGACUUUUCAGAGAGGAUCUGGCGCGCAUUUAUACGUCUGAGAUUGUCUCAGCAGUGUCUCACCUGCAUGCUAAUGGCAUAAUGCACAGGGAUCUUAAACCCGAAAAUGUCCUACUGGAUGCAGAUGGCCACGCCAUGUUGACUGACUUUGGCAUGGCAAAGCAAUUUGAUGAGAAAACAAGAUCAAACUCCUUGUGCGGAACUGUAGAAUAUAUGUCACCUGAAAUUGUUCUUGGGAAGGGCCACAAUAAGGCUGCAGACUGGUGGAGCAUUGGCAUAUUAUUGUUUGAGAUGCUCACCGGGAAGCCUCCAUUUACUUGCGGGAACCGUGAGAAAAUUCAACAAAAGAUAGUAAAGGAAAAAAUCAAGCUACCAUCAUUUUUGACUAGUGAUGCACAUUCUUUAUUGAAAGGGCUUCUACAAAAAGAGCCAAGCAAGCGGCUAGGCAGUGGACCAAUGGGGAGUGAGGAAGUUAAGCGCCAUAAAUGGUUCCAGCCGAUCAACUGGAAGAAAUUGGAGGCAAGGGAGAUCCAUCCUAGUUUCCGCCCUCAAGUUGCUGGAAAACACUGUGUUGCCAACUUUGACACGCUCUGGACCGAUAUGCCACUUCAGGAUUCUCCAGUGUCCAGUCCGAAAGCAAAUAGCAACCACUUCCAAGGCUUUACUUAUGUGAGGCCUACAGCCUCCCCUCUUCAGAUGAAUAAUCCUGUUUGCUAGUGUAGCUUCUGCAAUCUAGGGUUUCCCGGAAGGCAUUGACUGUGAUGGUUUAUUUAGGAUCCUAAUGCUGGAUAUGACGUUAUUACACUUCAAUUGGCUAAUGUUGCCAGAGAAGGUAAACUAAUGUGUUGGACAUCCAACCCUUCAGUGAUGAAUUAUCAUGGUAGU